CCUUCCCUCUCUUUCCCCGCCCCUUCCUCCUCCCGCUUCGGAUUCCCGGCUCCCCCUCACCCCACCCCGCCCCACUGCACCGGCCCAAAACCCUAGCCCACGCAUGGCCUCCCACGCGCGCCCCGCCGCCGCCUCCGUCUCCGGCGCCUUCGGCCUGCCCCCCGACGCGCGCUGCUCCUUCGACCACCCGCGCCGCCGCGAGGACGAGAGGGCGGGCCGGGCGUUCGUCGGCGUCUACGCGCAGCCGCUGCAGCCGCAGCAGGACGGCGGCUUCUACCCCAAGGACGCCGUCAUGGCGGCCGUCGAGGAGUGCAUGCGGAAGCAGGCCGACGCGCUGCUGCACUCGCUCGACGGCAUCGGCGGGCGGCUCUCGCAGCUCGAGCUCUACUGCUACAAGCUCGAGAGGUCCAUCGGGGAGCUGCGCAGCGACGUCAUGGACUACCACAGCGAGAGCACCGCCAACUUCAGGUGCAUCGACAAGAACCUCAGACAGGUCCACAAAUCUGUGCAGAUCCUUCAGGACAGGCAAGAUUUAGCUGAAACUCCGAAAGAACUGAGCAAACUUCAAAUAGCACAUGAGGUGCCUUCUCAGAAGAGUGAAGCCACUGGUUUCUCCAUGCUCGCGCCAAGGGAAAACGACCACGACACACAAGUCCGGAAGCAUGAGGUUGCCCUUUUGCCGAUUCACCAAGUUAAUGGGAUGCAAUCCCCUGCGGUCCAGGUCCAAAGCAGCAACGGGUUCGUUCUGCAGCACCUGGUGCCGGUCUCAUUGAGCAUGCAGCAUGACCAGCAGCAGCUGAACCAAGCUCCUGUGUACUAUGUGCAAAGCCAGGAUCAUACCAAAUCCACAGAGGAACCUUUGGUUCAAGUUGUGCAGCCACUUGUCCAGAAUCCUGAAGCCAGGGUUGCGGUUGAGCUACCCCAGAAAUCUAGUCAUUCAACUGAAUUCUACCCUCAACCACAGAAUCAUGGGCCCCAGAUGCCUACCCAGCAGGUUGAUUCACACACAUGGCAUUCCCAACAGCCCAUGGUGCAACAGCAGCAAUACAUCAUUCAGCAAGUUCCGCGCCAGAUUGUUCAACAACAAUCGUCAUCUCCUCAGUCUCAGAGUGCUCCUCAAGUCACGCCCUUGUAUCCUUCAUACUGUUCCCAGAAGCCUGUCAAUGCUAACUCUGAUACGAUUUCAAGAAGUGUGGCUGUGCAGCCUCCAUACUCUUCGCCGCAGCAGAAGCAUCAUGAAGUCGCCCAUUCAUUUUAUGGCCAAGGCAACACAAUUUUGCUUCCAGUGGCUGAUCAUAAUAUCCAGCAGCAGCAGCCACAGUCGCUGCAGGCACACAGCCAGGGCCCCUGUCCUCAACCAAGCCAGCCCAGUCACUGUAGUGUUGCAUCUUAUGCUGUUCAAGGAAAUGGGCAGACCUAUAGCUCCUCAUACAAGAACCCUUCUAACUGCCCUGCAACUGUUGUUGCUGUUCUGCCUCAACCUCCAGCUACUGCUCCUAUGGCGUUUCAUCACUUGGGACCGCAAAUUGUGCACAAUCAUCCAUUUGGAAAUAUGGUUGAAACAGCCAGUGUAGUAGGGUACCCACGGGAUCAAGUCGAGAUACUCCCAGUGGUGACUGCAGCCCAGCCUGCCAUGGUUGAUAAGCUUAAUGCUGGCAGCAAUGUAACAUCCCCACGUGACUGGUCAGCAUAAUGGAUAAUGGGCAAUCAUACAUUUCACUGCUUCCACAACUUACUACCAUACAUAUUUCAGUUGGAAGCUCAUCAGGUCUACGAGUAUUUCAUCUGGCGCUCUUUUUUUUAAUCAGCCAGCAGAUUGAAACAAAUCCUUCUGUCUUUUUGAGCUGAAGGUCAAUCUGAAAUAAGAAAGCUAGGUUAGCUGAGUGUUGAUUUUCGGCAUAUGUCCUCACUUUUAAUGGACAUAUCUCCUUUUGUAACCGGUGGUGAACUUUAUGCCUUUCUUAUAUGAAUAUAUAACGGGUUUACAUCA